AUGGCCUCAAAUGCAUUGAUGAGCUGCGGCGUCGCGGCAGUUUGCCCCUCAGUGCUCUCUUCUUCUAAGUCAAAAUUUGCCGCUGCCGUGCCCGUGGCUGGUGUUGGUACCAAUGCUGCGGCCGGUUUCACAAUGUCGGCCGACUGGAUGCCCGGUCAGCCCCGGCCAACCUACCUUGAUGGCUCAGCACCUGGAGACUUUGGAUUCGACCCACUUCGUCUUGGUGAGGUGCCUGAAAACCUUGAGAGAUAG